UCCUCUUUCGGGCUAGCCUUCAGGCUGCCUAAUGCCCUGUCAACUUCCACGACGCGCUCUAGUUCUACCGUCGUGCAACAACAAGCUUCAUUUUCAUUCCAUCCAUUCGUCCACGCGUGGUUCACGUAGCCGAAGCUACUGAUUUGCUAUGGAAUCCGAACAUGAGUCGCUCGACGUCUUGCCCGACGAAAUGGUGCAGGAGAUAAUCGGACAACUCGGCGUCAUCCGCUCCUACGACACGCAGUUCAGGUACACCAAACACCAGAAGGACGGAGUGCUAGAAGCAAACCGUCAAUACGAAAACCAGAUCCGCCGGCUGGCCUUGUACAAUCUCUGCUCGACGUCCCGUCGUCUUAGGCGACUGGCUAACCCAAUCCUGUACGCCUCGUUUAUAGGAACCGCCACCGAGCACGGCACAGAAACUCUCCGGCUGUGGCGCGAGAGAGUUUUGGACCGUUUCGGCUCAGGUGAGGAACUCAACAAAUAUCUGAAGUACGUGGAAAUUCGACGCAUGGAUAAGUGGUGCCAGAACGACAACAUACCACCGCACAUCAUCGCACAACACUACCUUACCAUGUUAGCCGACGUUGUGAAACAGGCACCCAACCUACAACACCUGUCGAUCGAGAACAUAGAAGACCACGAACGAUCCUUUUGGAAACACCUUGUCCCUGAGCAGGACACAUCACCUUCAUCUGCACCUAAGCCAGUAGCCGAACAUUUUUUCAGCAAGCUCCGAACCUUGUGCGUCCAUACGGCUACCCAUGGCUACUACAUGGACGAUAGAACCAUGUCAUUCCCUCAGAUUUGCCCCUACAUAUCCACGGCUCCCAUGCUCAACGACUUCCGAGCUUGUGGUGUCGCGUCGCAUCCGUCAGAAUCGAUGCCUCAGCUUGGCUGCUGGAACACGCUGCAGAGACUCGAAAUCACUGAAUGCUUCCUUGAGAUAGAUUCGGUGGCCAGUGUUUUGUCGGCAUGUGAAAGCCUAAGACAUGUUGUUUGUACAUGGAAUUCCCUGGAGGAUGUUGAAGGAAGGCCGUCCGACCUUUACGCCAGCCUCUUAUGUCACGCUGAGACGCUCGAGUUCCUACAUCUCGAUCUUCGUGAACUCAUGUUCCGAUCGGAGGAAGAUUCGGACUCUAAUCUAGACGAAGAAGACGAGGGGUACGCAGAUCAGGUACUGCUUGAACCUCUCGGCACUCUUCGAUCGUUCGAACGUUUGAGCGAGUUGAUCGUGUCUCAGAAUUGUUUGCUCGGUGUUUUUCCCCCAUAUGGUGAUUUCCCUGAGAGCGCAUCCCCAAUAGCCGAGCUACUAUCGCGGUCUGUUACCAACUUCACGAUGCUGCUCGGUUAUGAAAGCCUAUAUCGGGUGGGCUACAAGAGUAUGGAUGAAUCGAGUUACUUAUGGGAUCUAGUAUCAGGAUGCAGGCCAUCUGAUCUGAGCUUGCAAGACCUGAGUUUCCGAGCUAAGCACAAGUUGUCAGAGGCGCCCGAACUAACGCGGGCGUUCCUUGACAUGGGUGUGCGUUAUGAGCAAGUAAUGGAGCAGUCCUUUAUCCAUGAAGCCUUCAGGUAAACUUCGUCAGAUGACUAUUUUCUUGGCGCAGUUUCAAUUGUCGAGAGCACGGUGGACAA